ACAAUACAAACCCAAGAAAGAUGCUUUUCAUUCACUGUUGGUUGCUGUGCUCAUUUUUGCUCUGAAAAGCAACCAAGUCGUUGGAUUAGGUUUGUUCUGAUCAGCUCUGUAUUUAUACACACCGGUAUCUGUCAUCCUAUUUAUGCUACAGUGCUCAGCACGAUAGCUUGAGCAACUCUGCAGCAAACCGAUGAUAAAUAACUUAGCUAACUAGCUACAAGCUAUCUGGGUAGCUGGUAGCCGACUGAGCAACCCGCUGAGGCCUGUUGGAUCUUCGGUCGAUAGUGUGGCGGCUGUAACGAAGACUAAAACACCGGUAUUUACCUUGUGCUCCUCGGAAGUCGGAUAACUGUAUUUUGCUCUUCGCGGUUUCUCAGGCUUAAAAACAGCUGAGUACCUGAAAGAAGAUGGAGGCUCCUCCUGUCACAGUGAUGCCAGUCACCGGGGGUACAAUCAAUAUGAUGGAGUAUCUGUUACAAGGAAGUGUGUUAGAUCAAGCCCUGGAUAGCCUCUUGCAUCGCCUUCGAGGUCUGUGUGACAGCAUGGAACCUGAGACCUUUACAGAUCAUGAACUGGUUUACCUUCUGAAAGGCCAGCAAGGAAAUCCUUUUAUUUUGCGUGCUCGGCGUUCCCUCUCCCAUCCCAAUACUCCGUGGCAUCUACGCUAUCUAGGCCAACCUGAAGUGGGAGACAAGAGCCGACAUGCCCUGGUGCGCAACUGUGUUGAUGUGGCCACCUCUCACAGCCUUCCGGAGUUCCUCAACGAGAUGGGUUUUCGCAUGGACCAUGAGUUUGUGGCCACUGGACACAUGUUUCGUAAAGGCGCGAUGAAAAUUGUGGUUAGUAAGCUGUCGCGCAUCCUGGUACCAGGAAACACGGAGAACACAGAGCGCCUGUCACUGUCAUACCUGGUGGAACUGAGUGUGUUGGCCCCUGCUGGCCAGGAUACUGUAUCAGAAGACAUGCGCAGCUUUGCUGAGCAACUCAAACCUCUCAUUCACCUGGAGAAGAUUGACCCAAGCAAACAGAGACAUUAGAGCCCUCUCUGACUGUCAUGGAUGAAUUCCAAGCCUUGUUUGUGUUUUUUUUUUUUUUUUUUUUUUAAAUCACUUUUUUUUUUUUAAAGCAGUCCUUACAUGUUAUGUUAAAUGAAAUACAGUGUAACUUUGGCUUAACUUUUAACACUUGUCAGCUUCUUAUGAGUUAAAAGAUGGUAAAUAUCACUGCAUUCCACAAAGUCCUGGUUACAGAAGUUAGAAUGGGUAAAUGGCCAUUAGUACCAUACCUCAAGUAGGUGUGAAGUAGUAAAGUAAUAAUUCUUUUGUACAAUGCAAACACAAUCUGACCUAAAUGAACACUUUCAAAAAAUAUGACAUGACAGCAUCAAUCUUUUUUGUUUUUUUGUCUGUAAUGCAUAUUAUUCAGACAGGAGUAACAUUUAAAACGAAAGUGUCAUGCUACGCAAAAUCCUGUUUAUAUUCAGCUAAAAAUGAUUUUUUUUUAAACAUUUCUUAUCAAUUUAAUAGUAUCCUUGUUUUAUGUCUGAAAUUUCUACAUUAUUUUUCA